AUGAUUCUGUCUUUCCAAUCGCUCAUUUGGUGCUUACUCAGUUCCCUCUUGUAUGCCUUCAACCCCUGCCUAUACGAUGACUCGGCCUGUUUGCCUUUGGAAGAUUUCCAAGUAUGUUAUAAUGUAUAUUCACCACGAUCUCGACGGAAAAGUGCCUUCAGGAAAAUUGCUCAUGUAUAUUAGUUGAUAAAAAGUUUAACGACUCCGGGGAAUUUUCCAUGUUUUUCGACGGCUAUCCCGUCCCCUUCUACUACUUCAAACAAGUGAGACCAAAAGCUGACAAAUACAAAAAAUGAAAGAAUUAGGUGGAAGUGGAACAGCUCUACAGAGACAAGUUAUCCAUAAGGCUUCCGAAAGAGAAUAUUUUUCCUGAUCAUAGUGAUCUUUCCGAGAACAUUUAUGGGUUUGGUGAUAUUCAAAACAUCCGAGUUUAUGAAAAAGUUCUUGAGAAACCUCGAGGUAGAAGAAAAUCUAAUUCUCUUCACGGCAAACUGUUCAAUGACAAGUCUCAUCGUGGAAAAGCUCAUAGAAGAAGGCGUGAGUCGAUAUUGGAAAGAUGAUGAAAGAAGCAAUGAAAAUUGAGUUCAUCCGGACGAGUAUGUUGAAAAACUCAUCGAAUCGUUGGUGCCAAGAAGGCGAAUGCAACGCCUUCGUCUACGAAUCGGGCGUUUUCAACAAAACUGAAGGUUUCUCGAAAAUUGAGGAAACCAUGGAAUCUCGUUCAGGAGUCUAUUCUCACGUAGCGGACGUCUUGCAGGUCAUCGAGUUCAAAGGGAGAUCUAUUUUUGCGGUUUCGAACGCAUAUGGGAAAUUCGACGUCCCCAAGGCCAUCCAGCUUUUUCAAAUAAUAAAAUAAAAUAAAACUAUUCAGGUGCAUCAGAUGAUCUGCACGAAUCGCUGUAAACUGUUCUACUAUAGCGAGAGAACUGUCUGUUUGUCUCAAUGCGUUCAGGGGUAAAAAAAUAAAUUAUUAUUUCCAUAUUCAAAUAUAAAAAGAAUGAGAUGUUCAGCUUUUUUUAGUUUUUCAGUAGUUUUUGCGAUGUUACGUAUGCGUUUUUUUCACACCCAUUUUUUUCGAAAUUUUGAAAUUUUACCAUAAAUAAUUUCAUGAAAAAAAUUAUAAAAAAACUUCUUCGAUUUCCUUGAGAUCAUUUUCAAACUCAAAAACUGAACAUUUUGAGACUUCGCUACGAUCACAUCGCCGUCACAGGAGAUCUUAAGAGAAACUUCGAUUUUUUCAUCCGUGCCGCCGCCUUGAGCAAUCUUCGUCAAAAGUAUUCCAGAUACAUAUUUUAA